GUUUUAUAAUAUUCCAUAUUAAUUCUUUCACAAAACAUUGCUGACAUGUUGUUUCAUUAAAUGCAGCCCAAUGCUUAUGUUAACAACUGGACUGAUGAAGCCAAAUGUUUCAAUAAAAUGGCCGAGAAAGUUAACAAGGCCUAUCAGCAAAGCAAAUUGAGUUACUCUCAAAUUGAUAGUCGAAUGGACACAUGUAUACGGGCUCACAUCGGUGAAUGGUCGGUGAAAUCUUAUACUAUGAAAGCCCUGACGGAUAAAAAGUAUAACACCAAUGAAGCUUAUAAUAACACAUUCAAAGCAGUAUCAUGCAGCGUCGACAACUUACACAACUACAUCUACUGUAUGGAAGGGUUGUUCAGAUAAUGAUUUUAGAAACCAUUGUUGUUGUAUCUGAUUGUUAAUAAACUCUUGCAACUGUUUCCUCUUCAUAAA